CCCUUCAUCAUCCCCUCCCAAUGCUCCUCCACGUCUUUUACGCAACCGCCGCCCUCCUCUUGGCAUCCGUCUCCCUCUGCAGCCCAGCUGCGUGUGGUCCCCCUCCCACCCAUGUCCGAAUCGGAGCCGUCAAGGUCGCCGGCGGCAAACCCGUUCGAGGCGUCCACUUCUCAGUAGGGGAGCCCGGCCAACCUCUCGCGCUUGCACCGACCUGGGCAGCCGACGGGACGCUCGUCCACAGCACCAGCAGCGGCUGCGGCGAGGGGUGGUCCGCCGAGGCAUGUGCGACUCUCCACGGCGGGGCGUACAACGCCUCCGCAUCGGGAAGCCGAGCGGGCGAUCCUUCCGCCACCGUCGACAGGCUUGCUCUCGGAACCGGCGCCGUCAUCCCUGCGGCUCCGCUGAGCAUCGCAGGAGAUGGUCAUGCGGCCCCGUCUGCGAUGCUGGGCCUCGGGCCAAACUCCACCGUCCUAGACGCCCUCGUGUCUGCGGGAAAGAUCGCCUCGAGAACAGUGGAGUUCUGGGCCGGACGCGGCAUGGGCAGCAAGACGGCCGUCGACGGAGGGUUGACCUUUGGGGGUUACGACAGGACGCGGGUGGUGGGUAAAGGCUUUUCAGAAAGGUUCACACCUGGGGUCAGGAACUGCUCGUCGGGAUUGAUCGUCACCAUUGCUGAUAUUGCAGUCGGCUCGGCUGAUGGGACGAACAAAAGCCUCUUCUCAAAGGACGACAGCAAGGCCUCUAGUCUUGUGGCGUGUCUUGAUCCGUCGAGGAAGACCCUGCUAAGCUUGCCUAGGAAGCCUUACAUUGAUGCUUGGCUUGACGCUUCAAAGAUUGAUCAUUCUUGGGUCGGGAGGGGUGACGGCUGGUGGUACGGCAAUCUUGUCGUCCCAUCCAGCAUUAAUAUAUCCCUCGGUGAUGUCACAGUCACACUCGGCUCCGGCCUCACGGUUCGCAUCCCAAACGAGCUGCUAGUGCAGCCGCACACCUUCAUCGACCCGGCCACCGGCGACACCCAAACAGACCACUCGCGGUCCGACGUGCUGAUGUAUCCCAACGAGGGGCCAGAGGCGGACGACACCAUCACGCUAGGCCAGCAGUUCUUUGCCGCCGCGUACCUGAUGGUCAACCAGGAUGCGCGCCGGUUCACUCUAUGGGAGGCCAGCAGCAAGGAAGCAAACGCGGGCAGGCCGGAUCUGGUGCCUGUAGCGCGGGACAACUCUGAAGCAACGACGCCGCUCUGUCCUGGAGAAGACCAAGGCGUCACCAACAAGGCCCCCGAGGCAGAGGACGGGCAGAGCACCCGCAUGAGCAAAGGCGCCGUCGCGGGCAUUGCAGUCGGCAUCGUGGCGCUGCUCCUGUCCUUGGCAAUGCUCGCCUUUGCCGUGCUGAGGAAACAAGGCCGUCCGAGACUGCGAUGCUGCUACACAUGGCCUCCCCCUUCUGCUGCCGACUCGCCGGAUCCCAAGCCUGCGGAUCCCAGCAACUCAACCACGGUCGUGCAUCCCCACGACGGGAUGGCCAGAUCGGUAGUUCUCGCACAGCCCAGGUCAGACCCGGGUCUCCACGUCGAGUUCAGGAACUGGGGCCUGGGCAUCUGGGACAACCAACACCAGCUCGCAUUGUGCGAGCUGGAGGCGCCCCUGUCGCCUUGGCACUCGGGGACCGUGAUGGAUCCCAAGGAGCUUGAGGGAAGCAUGCCCGCCUUUGAGAUGGAUGGGUCUAGCUGGGUGAGACGUCACAGUAGACGGCGAAUCUGUAGUGUCUGA